AAACCUUCUUCAUAAUGGCCAACAGAAUGACUUGGAAAUGUCUUGCUGAGAUACAAUCAAUAUUUUUUUCACUCAUCUUCUUGCAAUGUUCCGGAGAGUAUCUCCAAGAAUUCGCAAUUUCUGAAGGACUAGGCAUUGGAGUAACGAUUGGAUACAUCGGUCAAAAUAAUCACCAAAAUCCAAAGCCACCUCAACCACCAUAUUUGAUUGUUCCUGUUCCUGGAAGUGCUGUCGAUUCCGAUCUUUAUAUUGACCAAUCAACUGGUGAAAUUAGAACAAGUGUAGUUUUUGACCGAGAAAUGAGAAACUAUUAUUCUUUCGUUGCUAUUCCUAUGAGCGGAGAAAAUAUUCGAGUGAUGAUUAAAGUGCUUGAUGAAAAUGAUAAUGUACCCGAGUUUCCAACUCCAGUGAUGACUAUUGCUUUUCCAGAAAACACUCCGCGUGACGUGAAACGCACGCUAAAUCCCGCCAAAGAUCGCGAUCUAGGAAUCUUUAAUACUCAAAGAUAUGAAAUUAUUUCGGGAAACACAAAUAAUGCAUUCCGUCUCUCAUCGCAUCGAGAACGAGAUGAAGUUUUAUACCUUGAUUUGCAAAUUAAUGGUUUUCUAGACCGUGAGACAACUCCUUUCUAUAGUCUAGUGAUUGAAGCGUUUGAUGGUGGAAAUCCGCCGAAUAAAGGUACAAUGAGAGUAAAUAUUACUAUUCAAGAUGUAAACGAUAAUCAGCCAAUAUUUAACCAGAGUCGUUAUUUUGCUACUGUUGCUGAGAAUGCCACUAUUAGCACUAGUGUGUUGCGAGUCUUUGCUACUGAUACUGAUACUGAAGAAAACGGAAAGGUUUCGUAUUCUAUAAAUAGGCGCCAGAGUGACAGAGAAAAAUAUUUUGUAAUUGAUCCCAAAACAGGAGUAAUUUUUGUUAAUAAACCACUAGAUUUUGAAUCCCGUGAUGUGCACGAGCUGGUCGUUGUAGCACACGAUAGCGGAGCUCAGCCUUUGGAGACCACAACUUUUGUGUCCAUCCGGGUCACAGACGUUAAUGACAACCAACCAACCAUCAAUCUCAUCUUUCUCAGUGACGACGCUUCCCCAAAAAUUUCUGAAAGUGCAGGUCUUGGGGAAUUUGUUGCAAGAAUUAGUGUGAAUGACCCUGAUUCAAAAGAAGAAUAUGCGAAUGUAUCCGUAACUUUAGAUGGAGGAAAUGGUCAUUUCGGGCUGACCACACAGGAUAACAUAAUUUACCUUGUGAUUGUUUCUCAUCCCCUAGAUAGGGAAGCCAAACCCACGUAUAAGAUGAUUGUUAAAGCCACCGAUAAAGGUAGUCCUCCUCUAAAUACUUCUCGUGCAUUUGAACUAGCAGUUACUGAUACGAACGACAAUGCACCAGAAUUUGAUCAAACUGUAUAUUAUGCAAAUGUUUUAGAGGUUACUGAUCCCGGAACGUCGGUCUUUCAAUUGUUUGCUGUAGAUCUCGACGAAGGAAACAAUUCUGUUAUUGUGUAUUCAAUCAAAGAUACUCCAGAAACACAUUCGCAAUGGUUUCAGAUUAAUAGCAAAACAGGUCUCAUUACUACAAGGGGGCACAUUGAUUGUGAAACAAAUCCGACUCCUCAAGUCAUAGUGGUGGCUUCAGAUGGAGGUUCACCUCCUUUAUCCUCCAGUACUACUGUUAUUGUGACCAUAAGUGAUGUUAACGAUAAUGAACCCAUCUUCGAUCAGAGUUUUUACAAUGUAACAAUUAAAGAAGACGAGCAAAUUGGAAAGUGUGUUCUAAAGUUUCAGACGUCGACUAGUAAUAUAAGUAGGUUUAACUAAGACGGUUCGUUUCCCGGAAAUUGUAUAGACGUGAUAAUAAAACCAUUACUUUCGUUUAAGUUUCUUUAG